UUGUGUGUGCGGGACCUCCCGCAGAUAAUUGCCCAUCAUCUCAUCAAGUUCCGCCCAGCUAUUUAACAACCUGAGGAGCAGGAGGAGCAGGAGCUGCAGGAGGAGGUUCGGGGGCCCCGAGAGCAAUGAAACCCACAAAACAAGACACCAAAAUGAUGAACGCGACCACGCAAAGUAGAAGUAGCUGCCCGAUCUGGGAGUCGAGGACGGAGUCUGGCUCCAGACCAUACAAUCCCGAGGGCGGAACCGUUCGGGAACUUCUCGAGCGCCCUUGGGCUGGCGCCACCAACAUUGAGCAGCAGCUUGGGGCGGCGGCUGCAGAUCGGCUCCAAAUCGCAGCAGUCCAGGUUGCAGCUCCACUCCACUCCACGCCACUCCAACCACAGGCAUCAAUAGCACCACCGACGACGAAAAAGCAGGAGAAGACCAAGAAGAUCCAGGCAUGUUAAUCGAGUCAUAUCGAUUUUGGCGUGGUUCGUGUCUCGGACGUUUUGCCCAACCGCCGUCCUUCGCCCCACAAAAAGGGGGAGGGGCCGAUCCCAUCAGUGGACUCGUAACUAAAUUGAAUCCAAUUGCAGACGAGUCGGGCCAAAUAACUGUGAGACAUAAUGAAUGAGUGUUGGCCAAAUUGCAACUUGGCUUGCCAGCCGGCCAGUUAAGGGUUAAUGGAUGGCCACCAAGGGGAGUUUGGAGAGUUCAGGGGGUGGUGCUCUGCAUUUUCCAGUUUACGGCCCAGUCACUAAUAUCUCAAUUGGCCAGCGAAGGGUUCGAUUAACUGCACCAUUGGGCCACCCACCUGGGGCAUCUGCACCUGUCCA